AUGUUCCCAGAGAAUAUCAGUUAUGAAACUUAUGAUGGUAAACCCAAGAUAAGUGCAGUUAAAAAGUCUACAACCACCCUUACAGCAUACGGGGGUACUCCAAUUCCACAAUUUGGUACAUGCGACAUAAAGUGCUCAUACAAUAACAACAGCACAAUUGCUACAUUCUAUGUGACUGAUGUACACAGCAGAGCAAUUAUUGGAUUACCAACUGCACUAGAUCUUCACUUGAUUACGUUGAACUGUUCAGUAGAGAAAUCACAAGCACAAGAGUCGCCUACUAAGGACACGGCAAAGCUUAAACCAAGCACUUCCAUAGAUAAUAAAUCACACCUGAUUGCACAUGAAUACCCAAAUUGUUUUAAUGGGAUUGGCAAAUUUCAAGGGGAAUAUCACAUCUCCUUAGACCUUUCAGUUCCACCUGUCAUUCACUCACCCCGACGCGUUCCCAUCAGCCUUAGCUUGAAGAUGAUAUCAAACACGAGUUAG